UACCGUUUGUUAUUUGUUUCUCUCCUGGGAGCAGCCAUGAGCUAAUGGCAAGAUAGGGGUGAAUGGAUGGAUGAAUGGAGCUGAUACUUUUGUUUGUGUUUUUAUGGGCAAAUGCUGCGAUAAGUCAUGCCACACUCAUGCUGACCAGAGAAGCUGACGCUCUUCAGGUGAUUGGUGGAAGUGUGACAGUGGUUCAAGAAGGUACCGCUAUCUUAUCGUGCCAUGUCAUUGAUACCAAUGAUGACCUGACACAGAUUACCUGGCAGAGGAGGACAAGAGAAAAACCUCACAAUGACAAUUUCCUCACUAUCUUGCCCAGGGAUGGACCGCAGUUUGUCAAUGGAGGUGAUGCUCGUUUUAAAUAUAUCGGGAAUUUUAACAACAAAAAUGGAACUCUCCAGUUAUCCAAUGUUACCCUGAAGGAUGAAGGCAGCUACACGUGCAUCUUCACCUUAUUUCCCAGUGGAAAUCAAAAGACUGAGAUACCUCUAAACUUGCUUGUGCCUCCUUUCACAAAUGUCAAGGACAAUCUUCCCACUUUGGGCACUGAAGAGGUUUUAUUUGCUACCUGCACGGCUGCUGGAUCGAAGCCUCCUGCAGAGGUGAGGUGGCUCACUGGUGUUUUGAGAGACAAAAUGAGGACGACAACAAACUCCACACAUUAUGACAACGGCACGACUACCACAGUCAGCUCUCUGUUUGGUUUACCUACGAGAGAGAUUAAUGGUCACCAGGUCCAGUGUGUCAUCAGCAGUGACUCCCUGACUAAAGAAACCCUGCCCUUCAACAUACAGAUCUACUUCUCUCCCACAGAAGUCAACAUUAGAGUGAUUACAGAAGACUCAUUUGAGUGUGUGACAGAAGCCAACCCCAAUGCAAACUUUACCUGGAGCAGAUCUGGCCAGGCUUUGCUGCAGUCUGCUGUCAAAGUAGAGGGUGCAAAGCUACAACUGCUGAGUCUGACCUCUGAUCUAAAUGGCCUCUAUCAGUGUGAAGCAUCUAACACAUAUGGAAGUAAACAUGGUCAGCUCUUUGUGCAUUAUCACCUGGCAUCAGGUGAGAUCAGCUUGGAUUUAGCUCUGCAGUUUGUCCAAUUAUUUGAGCUUUUGCUGGUUUUGCUUCAUUCCAAUGUUGUUCUGAAAGCCAACUAAAGUCAGCUCCAUCACUGGAAGAACAUGUCACACACGCAUAUGACACAAAGGCAUCUGCUGUGAUGCUUACACCUCUGAUGAAAUCACACAAGUGUCAGGACUGAUAAAUGAUCAGAAUUGUAAUAUUUCUGACUGAGUAAAAAUUGUAUUUAAUCAAAUCGGUUAUAGAGUCAGUGUCGAUACCCAGCCCUAGUGAAUACCCUAAGCCCAACAGAAGUGGAUAUAGCUGUGAGUAUUGAGAAAAGAUGAAAAGAGUGAUUCAUAACAAUGCUCUGACACAGUGCCAUUGACCUCUCAGGUUAUGUCUAACACUGGUUCAGAGACAGCGUCACGUAAUGAGCCACAUAUGAUUGACUCCGAGCCAGAGCUCACUGAAAUUAAAAGGGGGGAAAGUGUAUACAUUUGGAAGAGAGUGGCUUGGCCAGUUUCAACUAGUAAAGCUGACAACAUGACGCACCCCAUUUACUGUCGUGAGUGUGGAAAGGCCAUGGUUGGCCAUGGUCGGCAAUACUGCAUUCGUGACUGGUGGUUUCAUAUUGAAAUACUGAAAAAGCACAGUGUACCCAGAAAACACAUUAUAUGCCGCGAUAAAUGCUGUCCCCAAGUGUCCCCUCUCCCCACUGCCUUUAAGCAGCCGGCAGCAGUAAACAGGUCGUCAGAGGAGGCUGAGAUGAUGAUUACGUUUAACAUUGACAAAGCACAAGCACCUUUUCAGUAACUUAUCUUACUUGUAGAACUAUGCUCCAAAUAAAGAACUUUGUGUUGACAAGAUUGUUAGUUAAUCAUUUACAAAUCAAUAUUGUCUGUAUGGACAGCAAAUUGUUACCAUCACAAAAUUUCCAUGCUUACCUGUAAGCUGCGCAUUAUUAAUUUCUGUGGUGUUAGGUGUUUUCCAUCACAUGGUGUUGGGCACAGUGACCCACCAUCUCCCAGGAGUGCAGGAGAUAAUCACA